CCGAUUGUUAAAAAUUGAUAAAAGUAAACUUCAUAUUUCAAUUCUUCAGAUUUAAAGGCUUAUUAUCAAAGUUGUAACAAAAAUUAAUGAAAUGGGGAUUCGAACUUACAACCAAUCCCUAAGGUGAACAGUCCUUCACCACUGACCUACCACAAUUGAUGGUUAUAAAAGUAAACUUUAUAUUAUAAAAAAGUAAAGCUAUUAUCUUAGAACUCAUAUUCGUUCGAUAUAAUUAUUUUUGCAUUAUUGUUCAUAUCUUUGGCGACCAAUUAAAUAUGAUAAUACCCCUUAAUCGACACUCAAAGUUUUUCUAACGUCUUAAGAUAAUAUUGGUGCACCACAAUAUUAUCAAAAGCAGUAAGCGUAAAAAAGCUUCAAGGUCUAUUGUGUUUAAUCAUAAAGUACAAAUAAAGUGUAAGAUUUAACAAAAAAGGCAUAAAAGGAGAAAAAAAAUAUAAAUAUAUGUCUAGUCCAAGACUAAUAAUAUAAGUAUGAAUGAGAAAUAUAUGAACAAAAUUUUUUAUUUUUUUUUAUAAAUCAAUUGUUUAGCCUUCGUCUAGGAAAAGUAUGUAUUAGAAAUUAGAACCUAAACUGCACAUUAAGCGAGACGAGCGCUCAACACAUUUUGAGUCUUACUUUGAGGCUUAUGCGUGCAUUUGACAACACUGGUGCACCCACAGACUUCAAAUCCUGGGUUUGCCUCUGUCUAGACGCAUAAAUCACUAUGAACUGCGGAAAGGUACAAGUCCAAUAGGGUAAAAUAAAAAAGGUGUAUAAUAGUAGAUACCCAGUAAAGUAGUCGAGGUACGUACAAGCUAUUCCAAACAUCACUGUCACCCAAAAAAAAAAAAGAUGGGGUGGGAAAUGAGACUUAAAAGACGUAAAAGAACAGCCCAACGAACUAAAGUUCUCGCUAUGCACAAGAUUCGGAAAGGGCAUGACCACAAGGAUCUAUUGAGCAGACUAAAGAAAGUAGAGAUAAGCAUCCAGUAUCCCCUCGAACUAUGGCAAAGUUGCUAUGACAUAUUCCAACUUCACAUAGGUCCUAUUACACCCCUGAACUAAAUUUUAGCAUAUUUUUAUCACCCUUUUUACUGACGUGACACCUUUAUUACAUAAAAUGGGACCCACAUCAAAGGUGUUAUGUCAUCUAAAAAGAUUAUCAAAAGGUGUCACGUCAGCACAAAAGAGUGACAAAAAUACAUUAAAAUUGAGUUCAGAGGGUAAUAAGACCCCCGUGAAGUUGAAGUAUGUCGUAGCAAAUUUGAUCAUAAUUCGGGUACUAGAUGUUUUACUCAAGAAAUUAUUACAAGAAUUGUUUAACCAUAUAAACAAUUUUUCCCUUUACGUGCUAAAUUUCAUAUUUGAGAUCAUUUAAAAUAUGUCUAAAAACAUCAAACAUAUGCAGCCAUAUUUUAAAAGAAAAAGUUAACACCACCAUCCUCUUUAUAAAAUGGUCCUCUUCACCAGCAUUUGCUCUCAAAACUCAAAACUUACACUACCAAAAAACUCUCAAACAUAGUCAAAAAAAACACCAUGGAAUAUGCAGAAAUUCGUCGUUUUUCGUGUGACAAUGUAGAGGAAGAAGACUACAUAGACAUGGAAGUAAGUUCAAAUCCAAACAUAUUUUCUCAAUUCAAAAACUCCCCUUCACAAGCUAGAGAAUUCGAAUUCCAAAUGUUUCCGAGUUCUAUCGAUAAAGACACAACAACUUCACCAGCUGAUGAACUGUUCCAUAAUGGAAAACUUCUUCCUCUUCGCCUCCCUUUUGGAACAACACAAAUGGUGGAGAAGUUGCUUCAGAAUCCUAGCAAACAUGUUCAUGUAACACGAAAAAACGAUGUUUUUGAUGAGUCUUUUAGUACUCCUUUGUUCACAACUACUACUAAUACUCCUACGAGUAAUAACACUCCGUUUGAAUCAUGUAAUAUCUCUCCGGUUGAGUCUUGUCAAGUUAGUAGGGAACUCAAUCCGGAGGAAUACAUGUUCGAGUAUUCAGCUGAUGGAAACAAUGCGUUUCCACCAGACGAUGAGAACACAAAGAGGUCAUGGACGAGGAAACUCAAGCAAAUAAAGAACUCCUCGUUUGGUUCUAAACUUAAGUCUUCGCGUUCUUACCUCAAGUCUUUCUUUUCUAAAUCUGGUUGCACGAACGAGUACUCUGCAGCUGCUUCAAAAGCAAUCGACAAAGGACCUCUCCCAAUAGCUAAGAAAGAGCCGUUUGGGCAAAUCCAGCGAGGUGCAAAUUCAUCAAAAGGAUUCAAAAAAGAGAAUGAUCGCGAUCAAGAUAUCAGAGGUCGACAUAGAAGGUCAUUCUCAGGAGCUAUUAAAAGAUUUUCGACAACUAAAUCAUCUUCAUCUUCAUUUUCACCAUCUACUUCAGGCUCGUUGUCAGCUUCAAGCUCGAAUAAUUCCAACGAAUUUCAAGAAAUGCACUUCUUCAAGAGAAGCAGCAGUACAUAUUCAGAAAUAGAGAACUCAAUUCAAGCAGCAAUUGCUCAUUGCAAAAACUCUCAGCAACAGUUCAAUUCAAGAAAGACAAUAAGCGAUAUCGGAGUUUGUUCGUUGUCAGCUUCUAAAGUGAUCAUUGAUGAACAAGAAAGACCUGGACUCUGCAGAGGAUAAAUUUUUCGGUUUUUGGACAAACUUUUAAGUUAUCUUGUUAUUUGAUGCUUCUGUCCUACUUAGUUUUUGUGUAAUGAGCCUCCAUAUAGAUUAGCAAUUCCCAUAAUGAGGACAUAAAUUGCUAGUACUUGUGACAAAUGCAAAUGAAGGUUAUUCUAGUACAUUAUUC